AUGGGUGCGCGGUCCGCCUCGCCCCGCGCUCGAACUCACGGGUACGCCGAUGUGCCGUUGCGACUGCUGCACUCGCUGCAUACGCUUCACCAGCCGCUCGAGCGGGAGGGCUCCAGCUGCGCCUCGCUGUUGCCUCAGUCGCCGACGCCGCGGGAAUCGCCGGUGCCGCUCGUGUCCCUGUAUGAGACCAGGCACAAGCAGUGCAGCCGCCCCACGACACCACGCCCGCUGACGGCCGACAGCUCGGCGUGGGACGUUGCCGGUCGCGCCCGAACACCGCCGACUCCGGACACCCCUCGUGCCGUCAACCGGCUACGGGCAGAGUGCGAACGGCUCGCACUCGACCUGAGAGAGAUCCGCGCCAGGCACGCGAGGGAGUCGAUGCGGAUGCAGCAGCUGAUGAAACGGAAGCUGGCGGAGAGUGAUGUGAACGUGCGCUGCCUCGCCCACGAGUUUGGGCGCAGCGAACGCGAGGCGACUCGCGAACGGUCCCACCACGAGCGCGUGCGCGACGCCGUCAACUCAGAGUUAAGAGUGGCAAAGGGGCAGCUGGCGCAGGCUGCGGAGGUGCAGCGCGAAGCUCUGUCCGAGAGCGAGGGCGAGUGCGCGGCGCAGAGGGCGACAAUAGCGGCCCAAAAGAGAGAGAUCCGCGCGCUGAGCCUAAAGCUCCAGAGGAGCGAGGCCAUGCGGGAGGCGCAAGCCGCGGCGCUGCAAGAGGCGGUGGCGUCGUCGGCCGGUUGGAGGGACGCGGAGAAGGAGUGGGCGGCGAGGCUGGCGACGGCAGAGACAGAAGCGGCGGCAAGGAUUGGGAUGCUAAAGGCGGAGCUCGGCGCCGCGUGCGAGCGCGAGGGCGCGCUGCAUGUCGCGUGCCGCACGCUCGCGGCGGACGUGCACGAGGCGCGGGAGAGCUCGUUGCGACUUUGGAGCGGCCAGGUGGAGGAGUUUUUUGCGCGCGGGGAGCAGCGUUUCCGGCGGCAGCUCGAGAAGAUGCGACGCACUUCCCUCGGCCGGCAGGAGAUGUCGCCACGCGACCACGCGAUGAUUGAUUGUCUCGCGGAGCGCAUGGAGAGGUACGGUUGGCACUCCGUCAGCAUCAACCCGGCUGAGCGCAUUGGGCGCUGGCCCUUCUGGCACCAGCGGGAGCCACGAGCGCGCACCGCCGCGCUCUCCCUCCCCCACCUCGCCGCCUGCCAAAUCGCCGCGGCCGUCUGCGCCUGCUUCCGGGUAUGA